UCGUUGAAGUCGAGAUUGUCAUUGAACAAAACCGCCCGCGGCGGUUUCAUUUGCAGGAUCACUCUCGAGUGUUUCGAGCUCAUGAGCAACCACAAAGAGUUCUACGAGGACUACACGGCACUAUGUGCCACCGAGUCGAUGCUGAGACUCAGCUAUUGCAUUAACAAAUCGCUCACGCACUCGCGAUUGUUGGAGGAACUUCUGCAGGGUGUUUGCAACGUGCUCGUUAGGUAUAUUUCAUCACGCGGCUUUCAUUCGCGCUGUAAAAUUAGAUCGUCGAAAUUCGCCGUGAAUUUCGACGCUGUCUGCGUUCCGCGGCGGGUCGUGCUGUUCCUGAAGAAUUUGAACAUCCAAGAAUCAUCGAGGAACAAACUCAGAUUCACGGCCGUGACGAUGCUGAACGUUGUCCUGCAACGGGCGGUCUUCGAGAACGAGGAUGACGCUGACGCGAAGCUGAUCAUCGACGUGUGCCGCGACGCUCUCAAGUCGAUGGCAGAUAUCGUGAAGUACGAUAGCGACGAUGGCAACACAAUUUUACAUGCCGUUGCUUUAUUGUGCGGCACCUGCGACGGCGUUUCUCGGUUCUGCAACAUCGGCGCCGACGGAGAUGACCAGACUGACGCGAAGCUCGAAGUUUGCCAGACGAAAGUCGAUCUGUCGGAUUGCGUUUACGGCACGGUGAUGAACGUAAUAGUGCCGUACGUUAAACGUAUUCCUUUGUCGCAGGAAGCGGACUUGUCUCGCGUAGACCCGAUCGAGUUUCACAGAAGCCUCGUCUCCUGCCUCAACAACUUGUACCGGCAGAGAAACUGCAAUCACGACGACCUGUCGAACCACUUGGCUGCUAACGGUUAUCUGAAGUACUUCUUGUGCUUGACUGUGAGACUUCCAGAUCUACGCUGGAACGUUUGCGCACUGUUAUCGCGGAUCCUGAGCGUUCUGGGUAAAAUAGCAUUUUGCAAAGAUACGAUUACGUUCGCGAAUACCUUGCGCCAAGGUCUUCUACAGUUACCAAGGGAUUCGAAGCAAUGGAACGACGCUGUGGCGUAUCACGGAGAAGCUGGAACGGCCCUCAUGAUCUCGCUCUACUAUCACUUUCUGGGCACUCGAGAGUACGAAGCUAUUCAUUCCCUGCCUUGUUAUUAUCCUCGCGUUUCAUUCGAGUGUAAUUCCUAUGUAAUUCUCGGAUUGCCUUUUAGGAACGACAUGAUAUCCUUGGAAUCGUUGAUCGUUAAAAUCCUGUCGCUGCAGAAGUUCACGACGUCGGUCCGACGUCAAUCGUCAGUCCAGACGUUGAAGCCCCUGUGGUUCUUGUUUGCUGUGAGUAGCGAGUUCAUCACCCAUUCGUUCGUUCGCACUAAUCUCGCUCGAUUUCAGGUGACAUCUCUAUCGCAUCCGCAGCCUCAUCUCAUAUCAAAUUACACGGACGCGGUCACUCUUUUGACGACUACUCUGCAACGCUUCGAGCUCAGCGAGUUUUACACCCACCACAUCGAUCUCUUGCAUUACUGCCUCAAGUGCCCGGACAUUUCGCAGAACUUCGUGAAUCGUGUCUUGGAUUUAUGGCUGAUCGAGUCCGAUGGCGACAUCAAGCCGUUACUGCCGUUCAACCACGACAAAGUGGUCCGCCGUUUAUUGAUCGUGUUGCAAGCCGAUUAUUCGGAAAACCUUAUCAACUUAGCUGCAAAAGCACUCCGCCAAGUGAUCCAGACUUACAAAGCUGAUAAACGCCAGAUCGACGAGAUCGCGGAAAUCGUGUGGUACAUGCUACCCAACAUCCUUUUGGAUUAUCACUCAAAUACUGGUUCGUUGACAAUUUUAGAAGAAUUUAAUACUUAUCGUUCACGUUUUGUCAUUUUUUAUAAUUAUUAUUGCAUUAAAAUUAAUAUUGCAACCAAUCUCUUGAUAUUACGAUUAAAGCAGUUAGCAUUUGCAGUUGCGCAUAUAGAGGCAGUUCUGGAAUUGGCUAAUAUUAUCCAACCGCAUACAAUUCCAAUACAUCUCAUUACACGCAGCAUCGACAUUAUUAUCAGUAUUAUAUUGAAUAAAGACGCAGAUUCAAAAUUUAUGGUUCUAAUGGUAACACAGGCACAUAUCUUGCUAGUUGCCGCUGCAGAACGGAAAUCAUUCAAAGGUGAAAAGAAAAAGAAACAAAUAGCUCCCGCAGUUUGUCGGUUAAAACCCGGGACACCCUGUAUAAGUAUCAAGAAAAUAUAUUUCGCGGUUCAAUUAUUUCUGAAUUCUUCGAUUACAGUGCUUGAAAUGUACAUGCAAUCUACAUUAUUGAAAAAAUUGUACGCAUAUGGAUUUGCGGAAGAAAUAUCGCAAUUACGUACAAUUAGCAUACAACUGCUGGCAUUCAUUAUUUAUUGUCAGAAAGAAACGUCGAUAAAGUGCAAACAACCAUUGAUAGUCUCCGUAAAAGACUUGGCCAAGCUGUUAAUGUCUACGAAAAUGUCACCGUGCUGCUCAAUAAGUGGAAUGAAAUUAGUGCUCGAGCUUUUAACGCAAAACGCCGAUGAGUCAGCCAUCGUUCUCGAGAAGAUCGACGUGAAUAUGCUUAUCAAUCUUUACGAGAUUCUCCACAUCGUUCACAUGCAGAAAGAUCCGACGCAGAAGGACUUGGUGUACCAGUGCCUGGUGGCUCUGUUGCACUUCUGUAACGCGAAAGUGACCAGGCUGCUGCUUCAUCUUUGCACCGUAAUGAGCAAUUACGAUCUGGUUUCGAACGUCGUCAACAUGCGAUUCGUAUCACGCCACUUCGUCGAGUUCGCCGUCACGUGGCUGCGUUAUCGCAAAGCUACCUUCAAGGAUGUACCAUGGAACGCCAGAUCGCUCUUUAAGUCACCAUUUGACGAAGCCUUGGAUCACCUGAAGGAGUAUUCCACGCUCGUGAAUGACAAAGGGUUGAAAGACGCCUACCUGAGUCUGCAGAGCACAGUAAGUACCGUUGCCGGAAAUCCUGAAAUAUAAAUUGUGCGGGUUUCUUCGCAGGGUGACUAGUGAUCAACGUCUCAUCGUCGGUUUUCAUGCUUGUUCCUUCGCAUUCUUAUAUUUUUGUCAUUCUUCUCGUUUCAGCUGUCACAAUAUUUCGAGUGAACAAUAACAAUCUUGUAGAUUAUCACGUGGUAUCACAGUACGAGUAGUUUAAAUAUAUAUAAUAUAUAUUUACAUACAUAUAUCUCGAGGAAGAAAUUGUAAAGUUCAUUUACGCGUAAGUAGUAAAGUUCAUUACGAGAUAUCGUUCUAAGCUUUUAAAUGUUAAAU